AACAACAGGAGGAGAGAUGUGCAGGUGCCCAGACCGUGUGAGUGGCUCAGGAAAGUCAAUGUGCUGACCUCAGACUGCUUUUGAGGACCUCACCUAGACCAAAGAGAAGGGAAGAGCUCCUGUAACUGCUUGUCUGCAGCCCUCAGAGUGAAAGCCAUGGAGCCCUGGGCUGGGCUCUGCAUUUUCCUACGAGGACUCUCAUUCCUCCUGGUACUGAUGACAGGAGAAGGGGCCAAAGGAGGACCUUUCAAAGAAAGUUUGGGAGUGUGCUCCAAGCAGACGCUGCUGGUUCCACUCCGUUACAAUGAGUCCUACAGUCAACCAGUGUACAGACCCUACCUGACCCUGUGUGCUGGAAGGCGCAUAUGUAGCACCUACAGGACCACGUACCGCGUGGCCUGGAGGGAAGUGAGGCGGGAGGUACAGCAGACACUUGUGGUGUGCUGCCAGGGCUGGAAGAAGCCACACCCAGGAGCUCUCACCUGUGAAGCCAUCUGCUCUAAGCCUUGUCUUAAUGGAGGUGUGUGCACCGGACCGGACCAGUGCGAGUGUGCCCCAGGCUGGGCAGGGAAGCACUGCCACGUGGAUGUGGAUGAAUGCAGGACCAGCCUUACCCUCUGCUCUCAUGGCUGUCUCAACACGCUGGGCAGCUUCACCUGCAGCUGUCCGCACCCCCUGGUGCUGGGGCCCGAUGGACGCGCCUGUGCAGGGGGCCCUCCGGAGUCCUCAACGAGUGCUGGCAUCCUCAGUGUGGCGGGUGGGUGUGGGGCACCUGUGGGGUGGCCUGGUCUCUGCAGAGGCGCGGGGGAAGGCCACGCUCUGUUCUCCUUUGCCCUAGUUCGGGAAGCAGACAGCGAGGAGGAGCGUGCCCUGAGGCGGGAGGUUGCAGAGCUUCGUGGGCGUCUAGAGAGGCUGGAGCAGUGGGCCACACAGGCUGGGGCCUGGGUUCGAGCAGUGCUGCCGGUGGCCCCUGAAGACCUGCGGCCUGAACAGGUGGCUGAACUUUGGGGCCGGGGUGACAGGAUCGAGUCCCUCAGUGACCAGGUGCUGCUACUGGAGGAAAGGCUGGGUGCCUGUGCCUGUGAGGACAACAGCCUGGGCCCAGGCCUCCAUGGAUGACAAGGAGUGCCCGCAGCGGCUGGGGUCCCUACCUCACACAGAAACUAUGCCUGCUAACCUGGGAUCCCAAGAUCUGGUACCAAACCCGAGGUGCUACAGCCACAGAGAACCCCACGUCUCUCUUUCUCUUUAUUUCCAGUUGCUUGCUGUUAUCCAGAUAAUAAAAACCAACCACACAAAACUG